UUUUCAUUUGUAUUCACAAUGAACACCAUGAAUGGGGUUUUUGACACUCCUCUCAAUGUUGGUAGGGGGAGGGGGAUGUUGCACACUCCUGUACAUCUGCAAUUUGGCACUCCAGCUCAGGGACGUGGUAUUACUGUGGGAGAUAGUCACAGGCCAGGGCUUCCUCCGGUCAGUGGGGAUUUUAACCCUUCACUUAGCCGCCCUGUAGGUGUCUCCCAUGAGUCCAGUGACACUACUCCCAUGAUUCCCAGCCCUAAUGUCCUUGCUACGGAGAUUGUCAGUCAGAUGGGUGAUGUCAUUCAGCAGGUUAGUCAGAGAGUGGUACAAGACAUCAUGACCCAGCUGAACCCACCUACCAGUACCCCUCUGUCAAAUGCUGCAUCUUCAUCCUCUCAUGGUGUUCCACCCUCAGCCAUGUCUGAUGCCUCUCAUGUCCAGCUCGUGUCCCACAGAAAACUGAAGGAUCCUCCGUGCUUCAGAGGGGACGACUCUGAUACAGUGUCUCUCAGAGAGUGGGAAGAUCUGAUGAGAGCUUUUAUCAGGAAGAGUUACCUGAGACCAGAGGAACAAGCAGAGGAGAUCCUUGUUCAUCUCAGAGAGAAAGGUGAGAACGCAUUUGACUACUGGCUCAGGCUGCAUCGUGCUGUUGACCUUGCUGCUGAACGCCUGGCAGAGCAGGGCAAGACACUGGAUAGCCCUAGCACUGAGGUUACACGCAUGUUUAUAAGGAACUGUCCCUCCUCUGAGCUCUCUCUGACCUUCCGAUCAAAGACUAUGGACAAGUGGACUGCCCAUGAGGUUCAGGACAUUUUGUACGAGUACCAUUCGAGAGUGGCAUCCUGUGACAACAAGGUGGUUCGAGAGAACAUCAAGAUUAGCACUCACCACACUGCUACUCUGCCACCUCCGCCACCUAGUGAUGAACAGAAUCCAUCUCAGUCACAAGCCUCGGAUUCUGCUACCUUGGAACGUCUUAUCAACAUGCUGGAGAAAGUGCUGCUUCAGAGACCUGUUCAGUCCGCUCCGAACAGGUUUCCUGGUUCUCGGCGUCCCAGGGUAGAGGGGUUGCACAACAUGCCUUGCUCUGUUUGUCAUGAUGCCACUCACUCCACCUUCACCCACUGCCGUGACCAUAAGCUCUGUUUUCUGUGCUACUCACCCAAUCACUCCAGACGUGCUUGCUCCACCCGUGUGCCAGCAAACCCUCAACAGCAGGAAAACUAGUGGAUCCGCACCAGAGGGAGGACAGUGUGGAUCAACUGAGUGACCCUCCCAGCUGUGACAGUGAUGACUUGGAGUCUCUGUACGAGUCUCUCUGCUCUUCUGUGCCAACUGGUAAAACCGUCAUUGUCCAAAUGGUUCAAAAACUUCAUAAGUCAGAUAGCUUGUUCUACACUGAUGUUUGUGCUGCUGGUGGUGUUCAGCUAAAAGCUAUGAUAGACAGUGGCUCCAUGUCAUGUUCUUUGAGUGAGGCUGCUGCUGAACGGAUCCUGCAAAAUUGCCCUGACUUGAAGACUAACCCUGCUAAUGACAUAGUUGUUAUUGGAGCUGGAGGCCACCAUGUCUAUCCAACAGCAGUCUGUGACUUGGAGGUGACAAUCUAUGGGUUCAAGUUACUCAUCCCGACACUCAUCAUUCCUGGACAGACAGACGACAUGAUAGUAGGAAGUAAUGCUAUCAAGAUGCUCAUACAUUUGAUGAAAGAGUCUGAUGAUUACUGGAGGCUUCUUGCUUCACCUGUUGACACUACAGAUGGUGAGAGUGGCCAGUUCCUGUCCCUGCUCUCCAACUCUGAGAAGUGGCAGGGAGGACCCAUGCCUGACAAGAUUGGCACAGUGAAGUUAAAUAAGAGUGUUAAGCUUGAACCCCUCCGUGAACAUCUUGUCUGGGGUAAACUUCCUGCAGCUGCACCCUUGUCAGUGGGGAGCACAGUAAUUGUCGAACCAACUCAGUCAAGAGCCAGGCCAAGAAACGUGCUCGUUGGCAGAGUCAUCACACCUCUGUGGGGUGACAGGUGGGUCCCCCUAAAACUAAUAAACCCCAGCAGUGAGGCAGUAACUUUGAGGAGAAACUGUAAAAUUGCAGACGUGUUUCCAUGCAUUGCAGCUGAAGAACUGUCCUUACCUGAAAAAGUUUCCAUCAACAGCCAAGGUGUCGCUCAGAGUUCAGGGUCUUCAAAGUCUCCAGAACAGAGAAAGAAUGUUUUGAGCAAGUUGGGACUACAAGACUUGGAUCUUGAGGGGUGUGAAGUGUCUGAUCAUUGGAAAGAUAGGGUUUUGCAGCUUAUCGAAAGAUAUGAGUCUGUCUUUUCCAGAGACAAGAUGGACUGUGGGGAGACCACAGACUUCGUACACAAAAUACACCUUGUAGAUGAGAGACCAUUUCGCCUACCCUACCGACGAGUACCCCCCAGUCAAUACGAGAAGCUGAGAACUGCACUCAAUGAAAUGGAGGAAAAGGGCAUUAUCCGGAAGUCUAACAGUGAUUACGCAUCACCGCUGGUCUUAGUGUGGAAGAAAGAUGGCAGUCUGCGCAUCUGUACCGACUUCAGAUGGCUCAAUGCUAAAACAGUUAAAGAUGCACACCCACUGCCUCACCAAGCAGAUGCUCUUGCCGCUCUUGGGGGUAACAUCUUCUUUUCCACCAUGGAUUUGACGUCUGGAUUUUACAACAUACCGCUAUAUGAGGCACAUAAGAAGUACACUGCAUUUUCUUCACCAUUUGGCCUUCAUGAGUAUAAUCGGAUGCCCCAAGGGUUGUGCAACAGCCCGGCAACCUUUAUGCGAAUGAUGAUGUCAAUCUUUGGAGAUGAAAACUUCAGCAGUUUACUCUGCUACUUGGAUGAUCUGAUGGUUUUCGCCCCCACGGAGCAGCUGGCCCUUGAUCGCCUUGAGAUGGUGUUCUCUCGUCUGAAGAACCACAAACUUAAGCUGGCUCCCAAGAAGUGCCAUCUUUUGAAGAGGUCAGUAAGGUUUCUUGGGCAUAUCAUUUGUACAGACGGCGUGAGGACAGAUCCUGACAAGGUGAAAGCCAUAGCGGAUGUGGGAGAGAAGGAAUUGAUGGAGAGUGAUGGGGUCACGCCUUCCUGGAAAAAGAUCCGUUCUUUCUUGGGCAUGAUAUUCUAUUACCAACAUUUCAUCCCUGACUGCUCUGCUAAAGCUAAACCUCUGUUCAGGCUCAUUUCUGGUCGACAAGCCCAGCCUCAUGCAAGGAAAGGCAGAAAGUCCAAGAAAAAGUCCUGUGUUCCACCAGUUCUUGGACCGAGCGAUUGGACAACUGCAUGUCAAGAGUCUUUUCAAGCCCUCAAAAAUGAGCUGACUUGCAGUGUCACCUUGGCUCAUCCCAACUUCAGUGAGCCCUUUAUCCUUGCUGUUGAUGCAUCUUUUGAUGGUAUUGGGGCGGUCUUGUCUCAAGUGUCACCUGGUGAGACAAUCGCACAACCAGUUGCUUUUGCCAGCAAGACCCUGACCCGGUCACAGCUGAACUACCCAGCACACAGACUGGAGUUCUUGGCACUAAAAUGGGCCAUUUGCGACAAAUUCAGUCAUUGGCUGAAAGGCAGACAUUUCACAGCUUGGACAGACAACAACCCGCUUUCUUACAUCCUGACAAAGCCACGCUUGGAUGCAUGUGAACAAAGAUGGGUGGCUAAGCUUGCAGCUUAUGACUUCGAUCUUAAGUAUGUUCCAGGAGUGAAGAACACCGUUGCUGACACUUUGAGCCGCGAACCAUUUGUUCAGUCAUGUGUUGGCCAUCGGUUGCUGAAAGAACCAUACAUUACCUUGCUGGAUGAAGUCAACGGUGUUGUCAAAGGCACAGUGCAGGAUGCAUUCCGGCUGACGAACAACUGUCAAGCUGUUAAGAGUACUGCAUCACAACCACCAGGCCCUGGGGUUACGCCUGAUACACGGCCUGAGGGUUCCAUCAGCUCAGAUGAAGUGUCGGCUGCUCUGGGAGCUCAUGUUGGUUGUGGUAUGACCUGCUCCAACCUACCACUGCCACAGUUACCUGAGGAAGACUCUUCCACUACUAUCCCUCAGAGUCAGCUUUUGAGUCUCCAAGAGAAUGAUGGUGUGAUAAGCAGAGCCCUGUUUUACAUGAGGCGGAAAAGAAAAGCCACUCGACGUGAGGCAGCCUCUGAACCGAACUGUGUCAACAAGCUUUUAAGACAUUGGAAAAAGCUUAAGGUGAUGAAUGGGAUCCUGUACAGAGUUAAGAAAGACCACCUGCUUAACAAAAAACAGUUCCAGUUUGUUGUGCCAGAUGACCUUAAGCCUCAGAUUCUCCUCGGUCUUCAUGACAAUGCUGGCCACCAGGGUCGUGCACGAACACUUUCCCUUGCCAGAGAAAGGUUCUUCUGGAUUGGCAUGGAAAAAGACAUACUCAAUCACAUAAUGCGAUGUGAGAGAUGUAUUGUGGGAAAAACACUGGAACCUGAAGCACGUGCACCCCUUGAAAGUAUCCAGACAUCCGAACCAAUGGAACUUGUGUGCAUCGACUUCUGGACCGCCGAACUAAGUGACAAGAAAACCGUUGAUGUCUUGGUCAUUACUGAUCAUUUCUCCAAAAUGGCACAUGCUUUCCCUUGCCGCAGUCAAUCUGCAAAACAUGUUGCCCGAAGAUUGUGGGAUGACUUCUUCUGUGUAUAUGGCUUUCCCAAGAGGAUCCAUUCAGAUCAGGGGCCGAACUUCGAAAGCCGACUCCUGAAAGAACUGUUGGAGAUGGCGGGGGUGCAAAAGUCGCACACAACACCUUAUCACCCCAUGGGCAACGGCGUCACUGAACGUUUUAACAGGACAUUGGGAAACAUGUUGAGGACCCUUCCUGCAAAUGCGAAAGCCAGAUGGCCCCAACUGUUGAGAUCACUAACCUUCUGCUACAACUGCACAAAACAUGAGACUACCAGCUUCGCUCCGUUCUACCUCAUGUUCGGGCGGGUGCCACGCCUCCCCAUUGACAUCAUGUUCCAGCAUGUGCUCCAGGAUACGAGAGUGAUCAGCCACAAUGACUUUGUCUCCAGGUUGAAGCAAGACCUCUGUGAAGCGUCGCAGAUCGCUCUCAAACACAGCCUUAGUGAACAAGCACGUCAUGCCAAGCUCUACAACCGUAAAGUCAAAGGCUCUUCGCUGGCUGUGGGUGAUCGAGUCUUGCUGGCUAACCGUGGUGAAAGAGGCAAAAGGAAGCUUGCUGACAAGUGGGAUUCUACUCCCUACGAUGUUGUUUCAGUGAGGUCUGGCAUUAAUGUAUACAGGAUCAGAGAUUCACAAACCGGCAGAGAGAAAGUUGUGCACCGAAACCUUCUUCUCCCGGUUAACUUCCUCGAUUUGGACAUGGAUACUCCUACGUCUCUUGACAACCCGGGUGAUAGAGAUGCAACACGUGAGAAUGACCAGGAUUCUGUGGAGGUGGACAAAACUGAGGGUUUUGACAGAACUUUGGACUGGCUCAUGCGAACGCCUGAGUUUACCGACCCAGCCAGUGGAAAUGUGAGUGUGGAUGGGGACUCUUGUGCCAGGAGUGAGUCCCUCUCAGACAGCGUCCCCAGCUGUGUCUCUGUUGCUCCUGUGCCAGAACUUACAUUGGAAGUGGACACCAGGGUAUUACCAGCUCCAAUCCCUGAAGUUCAGUCGACGGAGUCAGAUCCCAUCGGUGUGGUCCACUCACCUGAAGCAGAUCCCAUCAGUGUGGUCCACUCACCUGAAGCAGAUCCCAUCAGUGUGGUCCACUCACCUGAAGCAGAUCCCAUCAGUGUGGCCCACUCACCUGAAACUGAACCCGGCGGUGUGGCUCACUUGCCUGAAGCAGUACCUGGCAGUGUAGCUCACUUACCUGGGCCAGCCUCAGUUAACUUGCCUGCCCUGGCUCCUGCAGAUAAUGCUGAGACUCUAGCUAUCUGCACGCAGCCCCCCAGUGUUCAAGCGAGUCAUGGUGGUACUGUGACUACCAGAUUAGGCCGACAGGUGAGACCUCCGAGAAGGCUGAUUUCUGAGAUGUCGGCUCAGAGAGUUAGGGAAGCUGUCCCUGUUUUCAGCUCUAUUGUGGCGUUCUUUGAUACCUUGUUUGAAGAAUAGGUGUCAGGAUUUUUUCUUUUUUUUGUUCUUUCUUCUUCUCUUCGCCCUUAGUGCUAUUGGAUUUGACUGUCGGUGUAUAGUUUUCUUUGUUUUGCUGGAACUGGGGUGUGUCUUGUGUGUUGCUGUCGUUGUGAUGUUUUGGAGGUGUAUAUGGCACCUUCUUCUAGUCUGUAUGUAGUACUGGGAUUGGUACCACCCAGUUCUUUUACACUCCUUUGGGGAGGAUUUUAACUGUUGACUGUAGUACGUCUGUGAUUGGCUUCACACUGGGCGACCCCUUUUUCUUUUCUUUUCGUCUCUUCUCCGUACUUGACUGUCUCCCCUUGUUUUACUGUUGCUCAAGCUUUGGCUUGAGUUUAACAGAAUUUAUGGGGGGUGUAUGUAACAGUUCAAGAAUGUUACUUAUUAUUAUAGUUAAAUUCCUGUUAAACUGGGACCGUAAAUAUACUGUUUCCGUUUUGUAUUUUAUUUUGAAAACCCUACAGCGGAAGUUUGCCUCUCGUUAAAUGCAGUGCACUUUCGCGAGUUUCAGUUUCGGCCAAUCUUUUGCUGUGGUUCAAGCGGAAACAGAUGGAAACAGAUGCCGUUGCCAUUUUUUAAUGUUUCUGUUUGCUGUCCCAUGUUUGCAGAAUAAAUCACACCAAGAGCAUCGUCA